ACGAGACUCUACGGUCCUUCUGGGGAGAGAUGGAAUCUUCUGGAACCUCUCAAACUCUCUUCUAUAAGCCCUAAUUCAUCUCCUUCCUUAUCCACGCGCAGUCUCCCCCGAAAACCCUCGGCCUCUCCGUCAUCUCUCUCUCGCUAGCCGGCUCCGAAGCUCGCACAGCUCUCAUUUCGGUUCCUCUCUUCUUCUGCCAUGGCGUCGGCUAACGCUAUCUCCACUGCCUCCAUUCUCUGCUCCCCGAAACAGGGUCGGAGGGGGAGCCAACAGCAGGGUCAGAAGGUGAACUGGAGGCAACCGAACAGGAGGUUUUCCGUGAGAGCUACGGCGAAGGAAAUAGCUUUCGACCAGAGCUCGAGGGCUGCUCUUCAGUCUGGCAUUGAUAAACUUGCUGAUGCUGUUGGGCUCACCCUUGGUCCCAGGGGAAGGAAUGUUGUCUUGGAUGAGUUUGGAAGUCCUAAAGUAGUCAAUGAUGGGGUGACCAUUGCCCGAGCCAUUGAACUCCCUGAUGCAAUGGAGAAUGCUGGUGCUGCUCUGAUUAGAGAGGUUGCCAGCAAAACAAAUGACUCUGCUGGUGAUGGAACAACAACUGCCUCAGUUCUUGCACGGGAGAUCAUCAAACUCGGUUUGCUGAGUGUUACAUCUGGUGCAAACCCGGUUUCUGUGAAAAGAGGAAUUGAUAAGACUGUGCAGGGUUUGGUAGAGGAGCUAGAGAAGAGGUCAAGGCCUGUUAAAGGUCGUGAUGAUAUCAAAGCUGUUGCUACUAUUUCUGCUGGAAAUGAUGAGCUGAUUGGGACAAUGAUUGCCGAUGCGAUUGAUAAGGUCGGGCCUGAUGGUGUCUUGUCCAUUGAAUCAUCUUCCUCAUUUGAGACAACAGUUGAUGUUGAAGAAGGAAUGGAGAUUGACAGAGGAUACAUCUCCCCCCAAUUUGUUACGAACCUGGAGAAGUUGAUUGUUGAAUUUGAGAAUGCAAGAGUCCUUGUCACCGAUCAGAAGAUCUCAGCCAUAAAGGAUAUCAUCCCUCUGCUGGAGAAGACUACUCAGUUGAGAGCCCCUCUGCUUAUCAUUGCAGAGGAUGUCACAGGCGAGGCCCUGGCUACCCUUGUUGUCAACAAGCUUCGGGGAAUCCUCAAUGUUGCUGCCAUUAAAGCCCCGGGAUUUGGUGAGAGGAGAAAGGCUCUCCUCCAAGAUAUUGCCAUCCUGACCGGAGCUGAGUACCAGGCCAGUGACUUGGGCUUGCUUGUGGAGAACACAUCACUGGAGCAGCUUGGUAUUGCGAGGAAAGUGACCAUAAGCAAGGAUUCCACAACCAUCAUCGCCGAUGCUGCUUCAAAAGAUGAGCUGCAAGCAAGGGUUGCACAGCUUAAGAAGGAGCUUGCCGAGACGGAUUCUGUGUACGACUCCGAGAAACUAGCUGAGAGGAUUGCCAAGUUAUCGGGUGGAGUUGCAGUCAUCAAAGUUGGAGCAGCAACUGAGACUGAGCUCGAGGACAGGAAGCUCCGUAUAGAAGAUGCGAAGAAUGCCACCUUUGCUGCCAUUGAAGAAGGUAUUGUACCAGGUGGUGGGGCUGCAUUUGUCCACCUUUCUACCUGCGUACCUGCAAUUAAGGAUAAGCUGGAGGAUGCAGAUGAAAGACUGGGCGCUGACAUUGUCCAGAAGGCACUCGUUGCACCAGCCGCAUUGAUUGCCCAAAAUGCGGGAAUAGAAGGUGAGGUGGUGGUUGAGAAGGUGAAGGCCAGAGAGUGGGAGAUUGGUUACAACGCGAUGACAGACAAAUAUGAGAAUCUCGUCGCAGCCGGAGUCAUCGACCCUGCAAAGGUGACGAGGUGUGCCCUCCAGAACUCGGCAUCGGUGGCAGGGAUGGUGUUGACCACGCAGGCCAUUGUGGUGGAGAAGGCCAAGCCCAAGGCCCCUGCUGCUGCUGCUCCUCAAGGCCUCACCGUUUGAUGAUUUACAAGCCAUUUUUACUUAGCGGUGAGAGUUAGGUCUUGUUUUGGGAGUUAAAAAGGGUAAAAACUUUGCCGCCUUCCUCUUCAUUAGGCAAAUUUUGAGGAAUGUAUCUUUAUCCCGGAUGCGUGCUAUCGAUAGAAAUCAUGAGGACCCUCUCUCUCGAUAUCCGAAUGUAAACUUUGAUUAACAUGGAAAACCAUAUUCAAGGUAAUCUCCGAAGUGAUUGUAAACCUAAAA